UCAGAAGAUUGAAUUUUCCUUUUAGGAUGUUAUGCGCUUCGAUGUCGACGUUAAAAAUCGCGACUGUUUGCACACCCCUAUAAACUGGAGGCGAAAUGAAAGAAUUUAAACUUUAUGAUCAAGACGUCUUUUAGGACACCAGGCUCUGAUUUGUAUUUUUAACUUGUUUAGCUACGUCGAAGCGCUGGAGCUGUCGACGAGAGAAGAUCAGCUGAUGCAGACGGAUGGAUGAAUGGCUGAAGUUGGAUGGAUGUUGGCUGCUUUCUAGUGUAGGGGGGGAUUCGCCGUUCGUCUCAUAUUACCUUGCUGCGCUCUGUCCUCCUGUCUCCUUCCAUCGCGGUCGGUUCCCCGCGGCCCGUGAGCGGAUGAAUGCCAAAGCCUGUGAUUUUACCACCGCCAAAAGGACUCCAUGUCUUUCUUGGACUGUUCCUGCAUCUCCCAUGCUCAGGUCCAGCCCUUGGACAUAGAGGAGCGCUACGAGGACACCAGCCACCAGUUCCUGGUCAUUUCCCUGUGAUGAUACAGACAAAAUGCUGGUUGAAAGCAGUAAAACACAUUCAGCCGGUGUGUUUUAAACAAAGCAGCAUCAGAAACACCUGUCUGAUGCUGGAAGAGAACCAGUCUGUCUGUAUCUCUGAACCCCCCCUCUCAGCCUCCCUCCCUUGGCAGUCAUCGUCCCCUUAAACCUUAACUCAUCAGCAAAUAAAAAGAGCUGUGACGGUUCUGAAUACACCCUGCAAGGACCAGCAGGUGGCGAUGAUGUCACAGGGCUGUCAGCCGAGCCAGCCCACUACCAGCUGCUGUCCGAGCUGGGGAGGGGCUUCAACAACCUGAGCCAGGUGAACAUGGCACGCCACAUCCCUACUGGCCAGCUGGUGGCCGUCAAACAAACCAACCUGGACGAGUGCACUGAGGAGGAGCUGCUGCAGCUCAUGAACGAGGUCCUGCUGUCCAGGCUGUUCCGUCACCCCAACCUGCUGACCUCUCGCCUGGUUUUCAGCUCCUGCUGCCAGCUGUGGGUCCUCACUCCGCUCAUGACAUACGGCUCUGCAGACACCUUACUAAGAACAUAUUUCCCAGAUGGAAUGAGUGAAUCGCUGAUAGCGUACCUGCUGUAUGGUGUGCUGAAAGCAUUGGAAUACCUGCACCGCAUGGGCUAUGUUCACCGGGGGGUGAAGGCGAGUCAUAUCCUGCUGUCAGGAGAAGGACGUGUCUACCUCUCAGGGCUCCACAGUGUUUAUAGUAUGAUGCGUGAGGGGAAGAUGAUGAGGGCAGUGUUUGACAUGCCCCAUCACAGCCCCGCUCUGUUGCCCUGGCUCAGCCCCGAGCUGCUUCGACAGGACCUGCACGGCUACGGAGUCAAGUCAGAUAUCUACAGUUUAGGCAUCGUGGCCUGUGAGCUGGUCAGCGGCAGGGUACCCUUCCAGGACAUGCCCCCCACUCAGAUGCUGCUUCAGAAGCUGCGCGGCUCCCACUGCUGCCUGCUCGACGUGGCUCCCUUCCCACUGGGGGAGCUGGGCGGGCUGAAGGUGUCGCGGUCCGGGGUGGACUCGGGCAUCGGGGAGAGCGUGGCCACCGGGAGCCUGACGCACAGCGCCACAGCUCCUCCUGCUGACCGACCCCAAAGCCCAGGGCCCAAAAACCACUCGGUCACCCUGCACAACCUGGUCCAGCUGUGUCUGCAGCAGCAGCCUGAGCGCAGACCGUCAGCAUCUGCACUGUUGACCCACGCUUUCUUCAAGCAGGUGAAGAGGCACACCAGAGACUCCUUCCUCAGCCUCAUGUACCCAGCAGUGCCCCUCACCAGCCCCGAGGACCCUCCAGUAUCCUGUCCCCCCGGCCCGUCCUGCCAUGCUCCAACGUCAGCCACCACCGACACCGCUGAAGCUGUGUGGGACUUCUCCUAACCCAAAUCUCCAAAUGUGACUAGCAAGCCAAACACAAGACAAUCAACGCAAAGCAAUGAGGCCAAAUUCUACUGUGCUUUUAUUUUUUAAUCAUUAUAACCCGACUCUCUGAGCCCUUUUUUUUUUUUUGAAGUAGUUUUGUAGGUUUUGGUAUAUGUUUGGGUCAUGGAUUGGUGAUGUGACUGUGAAAGUGCUGGAUCAACUAAGCUGCUCUCAUUAAAUAUAGAAAGGAUCCAUAAUUACAUUGACAAUAAUAAUAAUGGACUGUGAACAAGUUUCAGAACAAAAGAUGAGUUGACUAAUAAUCACGCACUUCCUCUGAGGUAAAAGGCAACUAUGAUUUAAAGGAAAAGUCCACCCAGAAAUUCUUAAUUGUUGUAACAAUAUAUAUCUGCAAACAUUUUGUUGUUUUUACCAUGCACUUUUUGUUCACUGAGUAUGAAAUAAGUUUGUGAAUACAACAAAAACCUAGCUGACAAAAAGGCCCUGAAGUGUAAGACACCAAGCGAGGGUGGAUUUUUCCUUUAAGGUGUCACUUUGUAAACAGACUGUGAAUAGUAAAUACUGACAUACAAAAACAAAACUUUUGCAACACAUACGUGCAUAUAUAUUCAUCUCUAUCAGGCGUUUUCACAGUGUAAGUGUUUCAAAAUUUUCACUUCCUGACGAUGACGGUAUGAUACACAUACUUGUAGAUGCGUAUAUACUAAACAGAGGAGAUAUAUUAUCUCUGAAUCACCACAUUUUAAAAUCCUCUUCAGGGUCAAAGUAACCCAGUGGUAGUUGUCUGCACAUCCAUGGAUACACUACAGACAGGAAAGGCCCAUGGACAUGCUUUUCAUGGUGCUAAUUUGUCAAAAUGUCCAGACAUUUAAAACAAAAAAACUGUCCACAGUCAAAUAUGUAAAUAGAUUUUUACUACAUUUUGAACAUAUAUGCACACAGUGUUCGUGUUUAGUCGUUUUAAAACAUGUUAUCCACGUGAACAAUAGAGUUUAUCUAAUGUUCCAUGUUAGGAGGCAUCAGUACAAACAGUGGAUGAAAACGUUCCCUGCCCUGAUCAUCAGUGACACACCAAAACAGUAUUUCUGCCGUGCUCUGUCACCACUUAUCCGACAAUGCCUUUAUGUUUGACUGAAACCUCCAUUCUGAAUACGGAGAUCUAUCUGUAACUGUGAUUAAGUGUGCUGUGUAAGAGAACUGUGACCCACAGUACAUAUCAGACAUGGUAGCUGUAUGAGCCUUAUAUAUACACACACAUAUUAUAAAUGAGAAGUAUGUAUAUACAAUAUUUGAUUUCUAAACUUCCUGUUAGCCUUGACUGAUUUCUUUAUAGUUUUAUGCUGAUAGAAAAGUGUUACGUGUGUGUUUCGUUCUGUGCUUCCAACAUGCACGCUGUGAUCUUCUUCAAGGCCUGAACUCCUCAGGACUGUUAGACCUGUAGGAGCUGCUCAGAUCUGGAGGCUGGAUUAUGAAAAGACCAGGCCCUGGUAUCUAGAUUACAAUGUUGAUUAUUUGAAAGGAGUCUGGAUCUUUUGGUUCUUCUUCGCUGGUUUUAAAUUCAUCUGGAACUUGUCAGGACAACAAGUUUUCAAGCCCAAACCUGCCAAAGUGCAGGUUUAUUGACAGCUGGAUCAAGACCAAGAUGUUAUACGGUGAACUCCAAACAUGAAGGCUCACUUGAUAAUGAAGAAGUGUAUAGUUAUGACAUUUGCAGAUGAUCCCCCGGUGUAAAUGGUUAUCAUGCAUUUUCAAAGUUACCAAAUACAUCAGUGUGGAUGCCCAAAAUGUUCAGAAUAUUAAGUCAAUCAUAUCCAUCUUUUGUCCUGUGUUAAUAAUUUUCUUCAAGGCACAAUCUGUUUGGACAGAGUCAAAGCUACUCCCCUGUAUAGGGUGCAAUGUUCCUUUAUAUCAAAAUAUCUGGUAUUUGAUUUAAUAAACAACCACAAAACCUGA